GCAGCACUCGGCUGAUGGGAGGGUUGCCGCUUGCAGACAGGAGACAGGAUCCAUGGCAACAAACAUGGCAGAGGCAGAGACCCGUCAGAGGCUGCUGCGCACCGUUAAGAAGGAGGUGAAGCAGAUUAUGGAGGAAGCUGUCACCAGGAAAUUUGUUCAUGAAGACAGCAGCCAUAUUGUGUCCUUUUGUGCUGCAGUGGAGGCAUGUGUUCUGCAUGGGCUGAAACGGCGAGCAGCAGGCUUUCUGCGUAGCAACAAGAUAGCUGCACUCUUCAUGAAAGUGGGGAAGAGCUUCGUCCCAGCUGAGGAGCUGUGUAGGAAGGCCCAGGAGCUCGAGCAGAUCAUCGAGACAAAACGAAGUCAAAGCUUGCAAAGUCAAGACAGCCUUCGCAAGAUGCCCCGACUGCCCAGCCUCACCCAACAGGGAGUCAGGAACCUGUGGAUCCGGACGGCUCUAUUUGACAAGGUGCUGGACAAGAUUGUCCUCUACCUGGUGGAGAACAGCAGUAAAUACUACGAGAAAGAGGCUGUUCUAAUGGACCCUGUGGACGGACCUAUCCUUGCUUCUUUGUUAGUUGGACCUUGUGCUUUGGAGUACACUAAGAUGAAGACAGCAGACCACUUCUGGACAGACCCGUCUGCCGACGAGUUGGUGCAAAGACAUCGCAUCCAUGGGGGCCACUGCAGACAGGAUUCUCCCACUAAGAGGCCUGCACUGUGUAUCCAGAAGCGGCACUCCAGCAGCAGCAUGGAUGAACGCCCUUCCCCCUCGCCAUCAGCUCGUGAAUAUGUGGAGUCGCUGCAUCAAAACAGCAGGGUGACCCUACUGUUUGGCAAAAACAAUGUGCUUGUACAACCGAGGGACGACAUGGAGGCUAUCCCAGGUUACCUGUCUCUGCACCAGAAUGCUGAUCUCAUGACCCUGAAAUGGACACCGAACCAGCUCAUGAAUGGCUCUGUUGGAGACUUGGACUACGAACGCAGUGUAUACUGGGACUAUGCCAUGACGAUCCCUCUAGGGGAAAUAGUUUACUUGCACUGUCAUCAACAAGUUGACAGUGGGGGGACGGUGGUGCUGGUCAGUCAGGAUGGGAUCCAAAGACCUCCACUUCGCUUCCCCAGAGGAGGCCACUUGCUCCAGUUCCUCUCCUGCCUGGAGAACGGCCUGCUUCCCCACGGCCUGCUGGACCCUCCACUCUGGUCCCAGAGGGGAAAGGGGAAGGUGUUUCCCAAGCUGCGGAACAGGGUUCCUCAGGGAUCUGGAUCCUCAGACUCGGUCUCAGAUAAGGAGGAGGACGAGGCCACAGACUAUGUCUUCCGCAUCCUCUUUCCAAACAGCCAGUCAGAGUUUGUGAGUCCUCCAGACUUGAUGGAUCAGGGAGCUACAAUGUGGCAUCCCACUCUCAGGAAGUCCUCGUGUUCCUCUUGUUCUCCGGGGAGCUUCUCCGAUGGGGCGAUGCCCAAGGGGUGCAACCAUGAGAGGGCUCCUCUGAAGCUGCUAUGCGACAACAUGAAGAAUCAGAUCAUCUCUCGGGCUUUUUAUGGCUGGUUAGCAUACUGCCGUCACCUGUCCACUGUGCGUACACACCUGUCCGCUCUCGUCAAUCACGCCAUUGUGGCGCCCGACGUGCCUCGUGAUGCCUGCAAAGGACUCACCACAGACGUGUGGCAGGCGUUUCUCCAGGACUGCACAGCAUACGAGGAGAAGGAGCUGCUUCGUCUGGUCUACUUCGGUGGCGUGGACGCCUCGCUGCGUAAAGAGGUGUGGCCUUUCCUGCUGGGUCAUUACCAGUUUGGAAUGUCAGAAACUGAGAGAAAGGAGGUGGAUGAACAGGUCCGAGUGUGCUACCACCAGACCAUGCGUGAGUGGCUCGGCUGCGAGGAGAUUGUCCGCCAGCGGGAGAAGGAGCAGCAUGCUGCAGCAUUAGCAAAGUGUUCCUCUGGAGCGAGCAUGGACAUCUCCAGUCAGAAGAUGAUCCACCACAACUCCACUGUCAGCAAUGAGUCCCAGUCCCCCCAGAGCUCAGACAGGCAGAGUCUGGCUCGCCUGCAGAGUGAUUCCAGCAGCAGCACACAGUUCUUCACAUCCUCCCAUCCCUUCCCCUGGAGUAGCCUGCUUCCCUUUGGCUUGUUCUUUCAGGUGUUUGAGUCCGUAGAGGAGGUUGACCAAAUCGAGACGGAGCCCAAGAGCGAAGAGGCCAAACCGGUGCCAAAGAUACCCAAUGGAGCUCUGCAGAACGGGACAAGCUCUCCUGACUCCGGACAUCCUUCCUCCCGUAACUUCUCAGUCACCUCCGGCCUGUCGGACGGCUCACUCACAGAGGACAGCGCUGCACCUGAUACAAUCCCGAGAUCUGCAGCUGUCCCUCAGGCGCCACAGAGCCCAGUCAAACCUGCAGGGGUAGAGAAUGAAGGUCUGACAGGGGAGAUGGACGGCCAGGUGAAAGGUAUAGUUAAGAACAAGGAGGGGGAGGAGGAAGAGGAGGAGGAGAAAGCACCUGAUGUGACCAAAACUGCAGAAAAUACCAAGACUGAGGGGCUGGUGAAGGCCAACAAAGACACAGGUCUGCAACCCAAAACACAAGAAGCAGUUGAGGAGUCUGGAGCAAUUAAAACAGAGGGGCCCAAGUGUGUAGAUAAAGAUGCACUGGCAGACAUUAAAGGAAUGGAACCUUUAGAGUCAGGGGUAAUAGAAAAGCAAGUGCCCGAUGAGGAUACUAUGAUGGUAUUAGCAGCUACUGCAGAAUCAAAAGGAGAACUUGUUGAGCAAAGUCUUAAAAAAGAAGUACAAGUGAGUAUUGCGGAAACAUCAACACUUAAGAAAACAGAACCAAAUGUGGAAAAGACAAAGGAAAUGAAUGAAUCAAAGACAAGUAAACCGCAAGAGGUUUUAUUGGCAGAAAGGAGAGAAAAUAUAUCCGUUGAUCCUUUGGCUCCCAAAGUUGAAAAGAACCUGGUUUUCUCAGUUAGACACUCGUCUCAGACAGAUGAGGACCAGGUCAUGACUGAAUCCGAUGAGUCUCCCUCAGCCAUAAAGAUGGAGGACAUCCCCAAAGCCAAAGUUUCCAUGAUGCCUUGGAGUAGGAAGGGACGUUGUGAAGUGUUGUCUUUCUCUGAGGUCUCAGCUCCCCACGGCGCCCCCCUCAGGCUGGAGGACGAGCAGGGAGAGCCUUGUCCGGAGGGCACAGAGCCCAUCCUGUGUGAGGAGCCAGAGAUGGAGAGUCUUUACCCUAACUUUGACUCUCUGGUCAGGUCUGAAGACAUUAAGAAUGAAGCAACCUCUCAAGAAUCUGCUGGGAGUACCUUCUCUCAAGAGCUUUUGGACUUGUAUACAUUAAAUCUGCAUCGCAUCGAAAAGGAUGUCCAGCGCUGUGACCGGAACUAUUGGUACUUCACUCCUGCCAACCUGGAGAAACUGCGCAACAUCAUGUGCAGCUAUAUCUGGAGGCACCUUGACAUCGGUUACGUACAGGGCAUGUGUGAUCUUCUGGCUCCACUUCUAGUCAUUCUGGAUGAUGAGGCCAUGGCCUUCAGCUGUUUCACUGAGCUCAUGAAGAGAAUGAAUCAAAACUUUCCACACGGAGGAGCUAUGGAUACUCACUUUGCCAACAUGCGCUCUCUAAUCCAGAUCCUGGAUUCUGAGCUGUUUGAGCUAAUGCACCAGAACGGAGACUACACCCACUUCUACUUCUGCUACCGCUGGUUUCUCCUAGACUUCAAGCGAGAGCUGGUGUAUGAUGACGUGUUUGCAGUGUGGGAAACGAUCUGGGCAGCCAAGUAUGUCUCUUCUAGUCACUUUGUCCUCUUCAUUGCCCUGGCACUGGUGGAGAUCUACAGGGAUAUAAUCCUGGAGAACAACAUGGACUUCACUGACAUCAUUAAGUUCUUCAAUGAAAUGGCUGAGCACCACAACAUAAAGAAGAUUUUGACCAUGGCCAGAGAUCUGGUGUGUAAGGUGCAGAUCCUGAUAGAGAACAAGUGAUUGUCCUCUUUGUCUUCUUUUUCCUUCCAAGUAAAGUGUGACCGGCUGUAGCAGCACAAGAGUAAAUUACAUCUGAGCACACAUGCUCUUUCUCUCACUCUCCCUCUCUCACACACACACACACACACACACACACACACACACACACACACACACACACACACACACACACACACACACUCACACACACAUUACACAAAGCCUUUACAAUCACAGUUUGCUGCUAUGAGCCGUAUUGACUGUAUCCACAAUGUUGUUUGUGUUGUCAACAGGUGUAUGAGAAUAUUAUGCUUAAUAUUUGUCAGUAUGUUAAACUAAAAACAAAUGUAUCAGAAAAAACGCAUUUCUUUAAUUUCUAGAUAUUUUUGCCAGAAAUCCCUUAAGUGUCGGUCUUAACCAGAGUGCACUUAAUAUUUUUGAGAUAAGGAUGGUUUUAGUUGCACAUUUCAAACCAAACUGCAGAGCUAAAUUCCACCAGAGACUAUAUUUAUGAGAGAGAAAAAUACAUUGUGAUAAUAGUUUAUAAUAGUUAUUUUAAUAGUCAAAGUCUACACGAUUAAACUUUAAACAUAUCAGCAAGUUAUCCCCCUAUUCCUACCCCUUAAUGAAGGUAAGAAUGUCAGCAGAAUUUACUUUAAUUACAACACCCCAAAAUUAAAUUACUUUUUAAUGAUGGAGAACACUGGCUUGUAGUCCGGAAUGUAACUCCAGUUCUCUUUAACACACAACAUUAAGAAUAAUUUAGCUUUUAGCACCAUGUCAGUGAUUUAGCAUCCAACAGUGUUUUUAAUGUUUUAAUUGAACUGCCUUGUCUGCCAAAUAUUGUCUUCAUUUGUUAUGUGUGAAUUGUGAGUUGUACUGAGAGAAAAAUGUGUUUAACUUAUGAGGAUUAUAUUAUGUAAAAUCAUAACCUAAUAUUUAAGUGACUUACGGAUGUCUGGGUCCUGUUUGUUGAAUUAAGACAGCUUAAAUGAAUUGGGAAGAUCAGAUGACACAGUAAAAACAACAUUUAUUCACAGUGACCAAAUAAAAUGUUUUGUGGGGCCACGUUAUUCAGAUUUGUUACUGUGAGAAUGACUUAAACAGAAAGAUGAAAAUUAAAAUGAUGUUAUGAGGGAAACUGUAUUUAUGUUUUGGCAGAUUUGGGGCUUGUGAGGACUUUCAAUAUAUAUGCUUUUUAUCCCUAAAUUAAUACUAAAGUUGGCCCUCGGUUACCGAUAUUCAAGCUUGUCAAUCAUUGCCUAAAACUUCACUCAGUUGGUCUUCAAGUGUUGUUUCAUGAAUGUGAUAAGAUGAAUUGCUUUUAAUAUUGGUGUUUCUUUGUGAAUGCUAACUGCUGUCAGAAAACCUUUUUUUUUUAAUUAUUGUAACAUUUAUUUAGUAUUUUAUUUAUUUAUUUAUUCAUUUAUUCAU